CGGGUAUAUAUUCAUUACAUCCCCUAAUCCUUCCCACGUUGUUUAGACAUCUUCCAUUUUACCUUCUCCUCCAACACCCUCCAGCAACUUUCACCAUGAGCAAAUCAUCCUCCUCUUCCUCUCUCACUGAGAUGAGCGUCACUAGCAAGUCGCAUAAUGAAACUACCAUUUCACGACUGAAGAAGCGCAUGGAAAGCGUCCAGAAAAAAUGGGCCCCCCUUAUGGCGGCAAAGCAAGACCUUGACGACGAGUACAAUUUCCCUUCAGGCCCGUAUGCUGGCCAAGGUAUUCCCAAGAGGACGAGAAAUUGAAUUAUACCAACCCUUGACAAACCAUUACGACAGCCAUGAACCGCACCUACAUCAAUUUGUUCUUUUCAUCGAUACCAACAACGGCAACCUGGGAGGUGAAGAGCGAAAAACCUGGAAUACGCGCAUAAUCUCCACAUUAUAAAGAUAUAAUACACAAAAUGUUCUUAUAUUAAUU